UUCCCUCCUGAUCGCUCGUCGAGUUAGCAGUAUUACGUUCGCUUAAUUGCUCCACCAGGCGUUGGACUUUCGCGCACCGAGAACUCGACUCAUAGAAAAGCUAACACUGCCGCUGCCGCUAUUAGUGAAUUCCGUGCUGUGAUAUCACCCAUUACCUCUGGCAAUUAAAUCGUGUGUAGCAACGUUUCGCCGCUGCACCGUACAUAUGUACAGAGAAGUAUCUUCGCGAAAAACUAAUUUUAGAUAUCCCUUCAAUUAGAUAUUCGGAUAGUGCACCGAUCAUUAGAUUGAAUCUGUUGGUCAGUCGCUCAGUUCGUCGCUUUGACCGCAGUGAAUUGUGACAACUUUGUUAGAGUCGAGAAAACGAAAGUCGUCACAAAUUUGACGUAUCAAACGAAAAUUGACAUGGCGUCCAGACUGCGAAGAAUCGGAGUAACGACCUUAGGUGUAUGCGCUGGAGCGGCUUUAACAUCCUGGGCUUUUCAGCGAAAAGACCGACCAUACGUGGUACAAAAUGCUGCGAUUGCAACACCCCGAGUUAAAAGGAAACUGCCACCCCGUUCAGAGCAAAUUCAAACUCUGAUGAGCGGUGAGGAGUAUGAUGUUCUCGUAAUUGGAGGCGGUGCAACAGGUUCUGGUUGUGCUCUUGAUGCGAUUACGCGCGGAUUGAAAACAGCUCUGGUUGAAGCCGAUGACUUCGCAAGUGGCACCUCAUCGCGAUCAACGAAAUUGAUCCAUGGCGGCGUAAGAUAUCUACAAAAAGCUAUUUUAGGGUUAGACUACGAGCAAUAUAGUAUGGUGAAAGAGGCUUUAGCUGAACGCGCUGCAAUGCUUGCAGCAGCACCGCAUUUAACUCAUCCUUUGCCAAUCAUGUUACCUGUCUAUACAUGGUGGCAAAUACCUUACUAUUGGGUAGGAAUAAAGUGUUAUGAUCUCGUCGCUGGCGACCGGAACGUGAAAAGUUCGUAUUAUUUAUCGAAGAAGGACGCUUUGGAACUGUUUCCGAUGUUGAAGAAAGAAAAGUUAUGUGGUGCAAUAGUAUACUAUGACGGUCAACAAGAUGAUGCUCGUAUGAAUCUGGCCAUUGCGCUAACCGCCGCACGACAGGGUGCAACAAUCUGUAAUCACGUAGAAGUCCUAGAACUCCUGAAAAAGCCAGGUCCAGAUGGACCUGUUCUCUGCGGUGCCAAAGUGAAGGACCACAUUUCAAAUAAAGAAUUUGUUGUGAAAGCCAAAUGCAUAAUAAACGCUACCGGUCCAUUCACUGACCACAUCCGGAAAAUGGACGACCCCAACGUCAGGACCAUCUGUUCGCCCAGCUCUGGAGUCCAUAUUGUCCUACCUGGUUACUAUAGCCCCGAUCAGAUGGGUUUACUGGAUCCUUCAACAUCUGAUGGUCGAGUGAUUUUCUUCUUGCCAUGGCAACGUCAGACUAUCGCUGGAACUACUGAUCUUCCCUGUGAAGUGACACAUUCACCAAGCCCAACCGAAGACGAAAUCCAGUUCAUUUUGACUGAAAUUAAAAACUAUUUGAAUGCAGACGUUGAAGUUCGUCGAGGUGAUGUCCUUUCGGCGUGGAGUGGUAUUCGACCAUUGGUAUCAGAUCCGAAUAAAGAAGAUACUCAGUCUUUGGCUAGAAAUCAUAUUGUUCAUGUCAGUCCAUCGAAGUUAAUAACCAUCGCUGGAGGAAAGUGGACCACGUAUCGUGCAAUGGCUGAGCAUACGAUUGAUGCAGCAAUUAAGGCCUGUAAUCUUAAGCCUAUGAAGGCAGAAUCUCAAACUGCAACUAUGAAGAUUGAAGGUGCCCACGGUUGGACGCCAACCAUGUACAUUCGAUUGGUACAAGAUUUCGGUUUAGAAUGUGAAGUGGCUCAACAUUUGGCAACCUCCUACGGUGAUCGAGCAUUCCCCGUCGCGAAAAUGGCAUCACUAACAGGCAAAAGAUGGCCCAUCAUCGGUAACCGUAUUCACCCCGAAUUCCCCUAUAUUGAUGCUGAAAUUCGUUAUGGUGUUCGGGAAUAUGCUUGCAAUGCAAUUGAUAUGAUUGCAAGACGUCUACGUUUGGCAUUUUUGAAUGUCCAAGCCGCACAAGAAGCCUUACCCGCCAUUGUUGAUAUUAUGGCUGAAGAAUUGAAAUGGUCCAAGGAAGAGAAAGAGCGACAAAUUAAACUUGCAUCUGACUUCCUUGCACACGAGAUGGGACAGAUGGUUAAUCGUGCAUCACGAGAUAAGAUUGCAAUCAACCUCACAAAGGAUGAGAUCCAACUUUAUAUUAAGAGAUUCCAGAUCAUUGAUAAGGAACACAAAGGAUAUGUCUCGAUUAAUGACAUUCGUCGUGCCCUUAAGAAUUCUGGUAUUGUCCUGAAAGAAGAUGAAGUCCGUCUUAUUCUUAAUGAACUUGAUGUAGCGUUCAAUGGUCGUAUGGAAUUGUCUGAAUAUCUACAGAUGAUGUCGGCCAUAAAAACGGGACAUGUUGCAUACUCACGUUUCGCUCGCAUGGCUGAACUGGAGGAGGAGAAACAUGAGGAGGAAAAAUUGAAAAAGAAGAUCACUGUGGAUCGGUCAGGCGGUGGACUCUAAAUGGGUGAUACCAAAAUCCAAUUGACAAAUCGGCUACAAAGAAGUACUUAGGAUUCUAGAAUUAAGUUGGCUAACACAAAACCAGGAAUCAAAUUUACUGUUUGAUCAUUCAUCUAUGAUAAGAUUCAACCCUUAAACCAUGUGGCUCCUAAAAUCCUUUCUUACAUUAACUUUAUACCUACUAAUACAGUAUCUAUGAACCAAAUUUAUUUUGUGGAAUUUCCCAGCAAAAUCCGUGACUGAAAUAAGAAAAUCACCACCGAGGGAAAUACUGAACUGAACGAUGUUUUCCGGUCUUUGGGAAUCAGAUAUUUAUCAUAUUGAAAACGAACGAAGUUAUGCCACUCCUUUGGUAGCUCUGGAAAUUCUACGAAGUAUUUUAUCAUCCCUUAUUUUUUCCACACAAAGGAAAACCACCCUACGACAAUUUUCGAUGUAUGUAUGUUAAAAUAUUAUCAUUUUUCGAAUAUACAUUUAAGACAUGAUAUCAAAAACCUCUGCAAAGUCCUUUCAUUCCCUUAUUUACAAUUUUCAAUAAGAAUAAAUUAUGUGUGAAUAAAGAGUAAAUUUUUAAUAAUUCAUUUAAUGUAUAUAAACAAUUUGACGAGAAAUUUUAAAUAUAAUACGAAUUAUUGUGCGUAUUUUAUGUAUGAUUUAUUGUUUGAUUUUGAUUAAACUUAAUUGAAUAUGAACAUCACCAAUGAUUUGGAAUGUUAUGUACUAGGAUGACAAUAAGUUCAAAUUUAAAUUAUUUCAAUUGUACAUUAUGUUACUGAUUUGUUAAAGAUUCUAAUUUAUUUAAAGAAAUAAUAAAAGUGCGUAAAAUAUAAAA